AUGAAUAAAUUUUAUAUUCAAAUUGUUUUUUUUCUUUUAAUCAUCUCCCUAUAUGUGAAUAAUAAAUCUCUUGCAACUGAGCUUGCUCCAAAAAAAUAUGCAAAACCCAAAUCAAAAAAAUAUUAUCAUGCCAAUGAUAAUACACAAGAAAUAUAUGAAAAAAACAAGCACCUAUUAUAUACCGAUACCAAAGAAACUAAAAAUGCGUGCAAUGUUAUGAGAGAAGCUUUAAUAAAAUUAGAACAGCAUGCUAAAAGUAAUGAUGGUUAUGGAUUAUAUAAUACAUAUUAUACUGACGAUAUGUUUUUUGAUAAAACAAAACAUCGAGAUCAUACACAUGUUGAAAAAAAUAAAUAUAUAGUUGAUGAUCCGAAUAAGUAUAAUAAAAUAAUAAACAAGUUAUGGAAUCCCGAUUAUGCCCAUUUGUUCAAUACUGAUUAUGUUAAAAGAAAAAUUGUCCGUGUGUACAGUCCAAAUUUAGUAAUGAUACAGCAACGUUCCAAAAGAUGGCCGUGGUCUCGUGAGAAAUAUUUUUAUGCUAUAGCUGCAAAAUAUAAAAUAUCACCAAACAAAACUAUGAUUGUCAUGUCUUCAGCAAAUAUAAUUGAUUACAACCGUAAAAAUAAAAAAUAUUUUGAAAAUAAAAUAGUAGAAAGUGCAAAUUUAUUCCAAGCUGAAAUUGAUUCUGAAGAUGAUAUUAGAAAUGGAAAAUUAAAAAAAAUGUUUGUUAGCUUAAAUGGAUACAUUAUUGAAAAAAAAAAGGACUAUAUUUAUAUCACCUAUAUAAACUCUAUUACUUUUCCCCUCAUAAAUAAACAUAUAUUUAAAUAUAUUUUUCAGCACCGUAUAUUAAAGAAUUUUUGUUAA